GAACCCGACCGUUCAGUCGUAGUCGAGCCACAAUCCGAAUCGGUCGUGAAAACCCCGGAACAGCGCAGUUCUUUUGCUAAACACGGUGUACAGGUGGAUUCGGUCGGUGGGGGACGGUGUUCGCCGCCUAGAACAUAGCUAAGCAUAGAAGGACGAACGAAAGGUCUAAAAAUACAACACAACUCCGUUUUCCCUCCCCCCCAUCAAGCUCGCUUGCACAGACACACCCGUGAACCGCCGUGUGCCGGUUUGGGGGUUGGUCGGUCGGUUGUAACUGUGGUAGUGUCCCCGCUUUCUUACUAGAAACACACAAGCAAGAAGAAGGGGGUGUUCGCGGGUAGAAAUAAUGAAAAGUGGAAAAUGAUGUCGGUCGGUCGCGUCGUCGGUGUUGCGUCGGCCUCGGUGAACUACUGCUUGGACACCGUCACCAGGACCGUUGGAUAUGCUCGUCGUGGUGGACGUGGGCGAUACUCCGACAGUCAGGAUCAGCCGAAGAGCGAAGCUGCUGGAGGGAGCGUCCUACACCUGGCAGGGCCGUGAUUUAUGGCCCAGGAUGUUUGUAGCUUAUAGCGACGACUAGACAGUGGAAAGGAGCUUUCAUUGGGAGUAAAUAGUGCAUGAGCGAUUGAAUUAAACAGUGGAUGAUUAUGGUUCAGUAGAACGUCGUCAGGUGUUGUUGGGAUUCUUAUUCGAAACAGAGAGGUAUCCAGCUGAUGAGCAGUGCGAAUGUGUGGAUAUUACAUAAGAAAAGGCCGAACGCAUCAAUCAACGGAAGAAAAGGCCCACAAUACGGUAGUGAGAAGCAAACAUAUGAGAUGUUUUGAAAACAAAAUUCGUUCACGGGCCACGGCUGGUAACUCGGUGGUGAAUUCCAUUAUAUAAUAGCUCAGCAGAGCAACACCAGUGUGUUGUUCGGAUUGCGUGAGAGAGUGUGUCCUGAAUCGGGCGUGAGCGACCGUACCGAUGAACUCGAAUGACGUGACACGGCAGUAACUGAGUCGGCAGGAUCAAGCCACCACACAGCUUGGUUUGGGCUAUGUGAUACGGAAUACGGUGUCAUCGGUCAUUGGGCCGACUUGUGUGAACAGUAAUCGCUCCCAAAAGACCUUCCGAUUGUGUGUUAUCGUCUGAUGGGAGGGAAAUUUUCGGAACAAAAAGCCAUCGCUUCGUUCCGUUCCUUUGACUGGCUAAGAAUGCGUGGGAGUCACGUCGGGUGUGAAAAGUAAUUGCAAUCGAUAAAACCAACCGAGGCGUGUUGCCGCGAAGACCGCUCGCGUGUGGAACGUGUUUACGACGCUGAAUCCAGAAAGUGAAAAAGUGACGGUGUGGGUCUGUGUGGGUGCUAUAAUGUUAGAGCGAUUGCCAAUAACAACAGCGAGUACAACAAUUACGCCAGCUAUCCCAUCUACAAUAACAACAGAGGCGUCAACAACCCAUCGUUCCUGGAUUGAAUAUCAUGCUCACAGAGCAAACCCAGCGACAGCAGCAGCAGACGACACGACACGAAGGCGGUGCCACAGCGACGACACUUCGCAAAGCCCUUGCCAGGCAGAGUCGCAAGCUUACGCGCAAUCAGUUCUGCUCAUCCCAAGAUAAUUUGGGCGCUUCCGAGUAUCGCAAGGAUCGUCGGGUGCAUGGGUUGCAACUGCCGUUGCAUCCGCUGCAACUGGUCGGUUGGUUCGCGUUGAUUCUUUUCGGUUAUUCGACCUUCGCUCUGCUCAUCCCGGCUCUGAAGCCUUCGGUUCAGUUGCCGCUUUACUACGUGCUAGCAACGCUGUAUCUGCUGCAUCUGGUGUCACAUCUGGCAGCACUGCUGCUCGAUCCGGCCGACGUAGAGCUGCGUCGCAAGAGCAGCCGAGCGGUCGUGCCCGAGUUUGACCGCAGUAAGCAUUCACACGUGAUUGAGAACGGACGGUGUCAUCUGUGCAACAUCAAAACUACCAGCCACCGGACCAAACAUUGCAGUGUGUGUAACAAGUGCGUCGGUACCUUCGACCAUCAUUGCAAAUGGUUAAAUCACUGUGUUGGUGGUCGAAACUAUGUGGCAUUCCUUAUGUGCGUGGUGAGCGCCGUCAUCGCAGCGCUGGUCAUUCUGGCCGCUGCUGUAGUGGAGAUUGUGUUGUACCACGUGCAGCCUGAGUGGCUGAAUGUAGCCUGGUUUGGCUUCGCGAAUAGCUCCGACACUACUGCUAUCGUUGAUCCCACCUCGGAUCAAACAAACACUGAUCUCAACAAUGAUACUCUUGCAAACUCUACACUACCGUCUCUUUUGGACAACAUCACUAGCUCGGCUCAGGAUUUGUUACUUAACCAAACUCUCUUCAUCAACGAAACGGCAGAUAACGUCACCGAUGAAGCCACGGACUCCCCAGUCGAUAAAUCACCCGCGGGAACCGGUAUCAGUGUCAACAAUACGAUUUUCCUUGCCAUUAUCGGAUUCCUUGGCAUCCUCGCAGCUAUAGCUGCCGGAUUGCUUCUGCAUCUGUGCUUCUUCCACAUCUACAUCUCAUUCCUUGGUCUCACCACCUACGAAUACAUACGCAAUAAUCGUCAAAAUGUAAUGACAAAUCAACCCACGCAACUCCCGCAGGAUGCUCGAUCUCUUGCAAAUGGUCCUUCAACCACCACAUCAACCGUGGGUGCCACCUCUAAGCUUUCCAUGCUGUCCAACUGUACGAAAUCCCAUCACACUAUUCCGGAAAUCUACAUCUGCUCAUCGGCCAACCCUGCCGCCGAUUUGUCUAUACCAGGGCCCCUGAACGACCUGAACAGACAACGACCCCGUACCUUGCAUUGCUGUGAUAACUCGAAAGAAUGUACCAACAAUAUCACAUCGGCUGGUCUUCGCAACCUGGAUUCGGUUUCGCUAGCUACGGCUGCUACCAGUGCUUCGCUUACCACCACUACCCGUCAAAAAUCAGCUUUCUACAUGUGUUCAAUGCUGGAAGAGCGAAACGUAGCAGCUGUCAAGGGCCAUCCCCGGGAAAAGUGCGAAUCACGCACGUUCCACUGCUGCUCGCAGUAUCGACAAACGGUCAACGGUGAAGACUUUGAAACAACGACCACGUCCGAGUCCUUUGUCCAGUACAGUGAACAGUGCACCUUCUGCAGUGUCAAAAUGAAACCCGCUGGAAAUGAGCUGGACAAAGCCGAUCAGAUUACGGCACUACAGGAGAAGCAAUGCUGCGUCAAGUCUCUCACGAAGCAUCAUCGCUGGAAGAGGAAAUGGAACUGCUGCUCGAACGUGCCGGACAGCCCAGACGUUCCCGGCGAUCCGUUGAGAUCCAUAUCCGCCGGUGUGCCACAGCAAGAUGUGUUGCAACACUUUCCCACGAUCACCAAUGUGAUGGAACAUAAUCAUCUGCAACAUCAGCAGCAACAACAACAGCAACAGUUGAAUCAUUAUGAACUGACAAAUAAUGCAAAUCGUGCCAAUAACAUUAGAAAUAAUAACUGUGUUAGCAACAAUAACUGUAGCACUAGUACCGACAGUAGAAACGGUAGUGGCAAUGGAUACUACGACAUAAAUCUGAUAUCAGUCGGAGAUCACAACGCUAUCAACAACAACUAUAACAUCAGUUCUACCAGCAAUGGGAACAACAACCGUAUUCUGAACGAUGCGAACGGGAACGAUGUCUCACUAACCCCCAUCAGUGUCUCGCCGGUACCGAAGCGGCCCCGAGCUCGCCUUGUGCGACCCUGGCCAGUGGUUCGACUGCGGCACAUGAUGCGUAUGAUUGAUCGCUACCGUAGACCACGGUGUCGACCUGGGCUUGCUCCAGCAGCAGCGGCAACCGGAUCUGUCAAACAGAACCAAGUUAGACCCCUGUCAACCAGCGAGUGUACGGCGACGGUGGUCGCUGGAAUGACCGCGUGUGGAUCCGGAUCUCCCACAAUGCUUCCGACAUCGACGAUCCGAACGGAUACUCCGCCAACGAUGCCGGCCUUGCCACCGCCCGUACGGCGUAAGCUCAAGAAUACCACCGAUGACCUGCAGGAUCUCGUCAAUACGCUCGCGUUAGUCCAGCAACAACAACAACAACAGCAGCAACAGCAGAAUCAACAACCGAUGAUCCGAAUUCCGAUCCAUCCAUCGUACCGUCGUAGCCGACGGAAGACCUUAAUACGUAACCGCAGCCCAACGCUAUCGCCGAUCCACGAGUCCGGCCUGUCGAACCCGACCUCGCCACAACUCUGUAGACACUCGUGCUCGGCCAGCAUCUCAUCGCUGGCUUCCGGAGCGGCUGCCAACGUGUGUGGCGGUGGUUCCAGCGGAGCCCAAGCGACGUCAACAACCGUAGAUAGACCUAUCUGACUUGUACUUGGAGCGCGUCGUUUGCAGCGUACAUCUGUUAUCCCAAUUGUACCCUUCGCAGACUAUUUGUACCACAUGUACUCACUAGUAUACACCCAAUACAAGCAUCUAUCACUAGAACGCGAACUCUCUACUAUCCCUUUCUCUAUCUCUCUAUUUCUCUUUCCAUAUUAAUGUAUGUGUGCGCGUGUACUCACCCACACAAACUCAGUGUUAAAUCUUGUAGCUAAAACAACCAAUGUAAGAUCAAGAACAAAGUAUUUGUGAAACAACGAAAUUGAAAUUUCUAAACACGUUUAGUGACGACGAGAAGGGAGAGGUGAAUUGUUCAUUUUUUGGAUACAUGCAUGUUUUUGGAAGAAUUUGAAACCUCAAGGACUGUUGAUUGAACCUAUAAGAAGAGAGGUGCAACACAAAAUAUCUAAACUAGCGGUAGGUUAAACUAAAGUGAUUGUGAAACACAAACCGUUGCGAAGUUGAAAAAGGAGAAGAUAAGUGGAAAUAAGGCGUCCUAUAUAUUAUUAUAUAUUUGUUUUAUAAAGCGGAAACAAGUUUUAAAAAAGAAAAUAUAUAGUAAUAAAAUAUUUGUUUCUAGAAGGAAUAAAAAGUGA